AUGAUUAGCGCCAUUCGUUCAUUACAUACCGGGAAACCAUUGGAGCCUAUGAGCGCACAAGAGGUGUUUGAUUGCAACCCCGAAUGGUGUAUAUGUAACACUACUGUCAGCGCAUACGAUGCCUUCGAGACUAUAAAUGACAUGAACCUCAUCAUUGAUGUGGAAAGGGAUCACCCGUUCACCGGCCAGUGCACCCAUACGUGCAAUACAUCAAAAAUUUUCGGAACAGGCUUUCAUAUGGUAGAGGCCGAGUGGAUGGACCCAAACAAACCCAUUGAUGUUGAAAAAGAUCUGUCGGUGUCAAGUGGACCACUGGUUGUGUACACAAAGUCCAGUUCCCCUUCAUUCCAGACAUACGCCGGCGGUAUACUAGACAGCGCUGAGUGCAAUACUACCGGCCCUUUUGAUCACAGCCUACUUCUGGUGGAAGAGGGUGUCGACAAUGGGACAGAGUAUUGGUUGGCUAGAAAUAGUUACGGUGAGAGUUGGGGUGAAAAGGGUUACAUACGACUGGCUAAAGGUAAAAAUAUGUGCGGGAUCGGUUUGGGAUAUAUAGCUGUUGGGUAA